AUGCUCAAGCAAACCGCCUGUCUGCCACCGUCGGACAAGACGGACAGCAUCUACCCAUCUCGCCUGGCCGCAACGACGCACAUCACGUCUAAGGGGGUACCAAUAGGUGGACACUGCCGCCCCGCCUGCGCAUCACCCCAUUACCGUGACGCCGCCAAGCCGGUCAACCUUCGCCAUAUUAGGCAUAUAACUGCUGCGCGACAAUCGGUCAAUAAUCCAGUUCGGUUGAUCAGCCGCGGGACAUUUCAAAUGCACGACAUCUUUCUUGACAAUCAGUGA